UCCUCUGGAGAGGGCUUUUCUUCGCUUGCAGGAGCAUCAGGUCCACAGAAGCGCGUGGAGUGGCCCUGUGGCAGGAUGAAUGCAGGCUCGGACCCCGUGGUCAUCGUUUCGGCGGCGCGGACGGCCAUAGGCUCCUUCAAUGGUGCCUUGUCCACCGUUCCUGUCCACGACCUGGGCUCGGCUGUCAUCAAAGAAGUCCUGAAGAGGGCUGCUGUAGCUCCCGAGGAGGUGUCAGAGGUCGUAUUUGGACACGUUUUAACAGCAGGUUGCGGGCAGAAUCCUGUUCGACAAGCCAGUGUGGGUGCAGGGAUCCCCUACUCUGUUCCAUCAUGGAGCUGCCAGAUGAUUUGUGGGUCGGGCCUAAAAGCUGUGUGCCUUGCAGAGCAGUCAAUCAAGAUAGGAGACUCCAGCAUUGUGGUUGCAGGAGGCAUGGAAAAUAUGAGCAAGGCUCCUCACCUAGUUCACUUGAGGACAGGAGUCCGGAUGGGGGAAACACCACUGAGUGACAGUAUUCUCUGUGACGGGCUUACAGAUGCCUUCCACCACUAUCACAUGGGCAUUACAGCUGAAAACGUAGCCAAAAAAUGGCAAGUAAAUAGAGAAGAUCAGGACAAGUUGGCAGUUCUGUCCCAGAACAGGACGGAGCGUGCACAGAAAGCUGGCCAUUUUGACAAAGAGAUUGUACCAGUGUUUGUAUCUUCUAGAAAAGGUCUUACUGAAGUUAAAACAGACGAGUUUCCUCGCCAUGGGAGCAACAUAGAAGCCGUGUCUAAACUAAAGCCUUACUUCCUUACAGAUGGGACAGGGACAGUCACCUCAGCCAAUGCUUCAGGAAUUAAUGAUGGUGCUGCAGCUGUGGUUCUCAUGAAGAAGUCAGAAGCCGAUCGUCGUGGGCUUGCACCUUUGGCACAGAUCGUUUCUUGGUCACAAGUAGGUCUGGAGCCUUCCAUUAUGGGAACAGGACCGAUUCCAGCAAUAAAGAAAGCUGUUGCAAAAGCAGGCUGGUCCCUGGAGGAUGUGGAUGUAUUUGAAAUCAACGAAGCCUUUGCAGUCCUCUCACUUGCAAUAGUUAAGGAACUUGGAUUGAAUCCGGAGAAGGUCAACAUUGAAGGAGGGGCUAUAGCCUUGGGCCAUCCUCUUGGUGCAUCUGGCUGUCGGAUUCUUGUUACCCUGUUACAUACAAUGGAACGAACCGGUGGACAACGUGGUGUUGCUGCACUGUGCAUUGGGGGUGGGAUGGGGAUAGCGAUGUGUGUUCAGAGAGGGUGAACCUGCUUAACUAAACUUGAACCUCCUUCCUUUCUAAGUAAGGCACCAAUAUGUGAAAUCAGGACCAAUGUGAGGAUGGAAGCAUCUUCCACUUCACAAGAACCCAAGGCUCGGCAGUUUGUUGUACUUUAAUGUGUAAUACUCAAGGUAUAAGACAACUGCAUGUUACAGUGUUAUAAAUAAAAGAGAAAUCAAUUCAA